AUGUCAUAUAUUAAAAUCAUUCAAAGCCAUACCGAAUAUACACAAUUGAUUGCUUCAACGAAGCUGACCGUUGUUGAUUUUCAUGCCACUUGGUGUGGACCUUGUCAUAUGAUUGCUCCUAUUUUCAAAGAGUUAAGCGAAAAAUAUAGACACGCUAAUUUUGCAAAGGUUGAUGUUGAUCAACUUAGAGAAGUUGCUGCAAAUGGAAAACAAAUUGGUGAAAUGUCGGGUGCCAAUCCUGAAGAACUUAGAAGACUUGUUGCUCAACAUGCCGCCGGUGCGCUUCAACCAGGUGAAUCUAGUACUUUGACUAUUAACGGACAUAGUGAUAUAAAUGAGUUUAUCACACUGAAUCAAAUUGAUUGUCUUAAUCAACAAGAAAAUAAUAAUGUUCGAAAUCUUUUUAAGAAAGAUGAUACAAUUUUGGAAUCUGAUGUUGAUGAACAGCUUUUAAUUUCUAUUCCACUUGAUCUUGGUUUCGACGAGACAGACUCGAUUGAAGCAACACAAAUAAUAGAACUGUCAGAAAAAGAUUAUGAAAAAGAUGGUGGUGCUAUAAUUCCUUUAAGAUUUGUCAAAUUUCAAUCAAUUACAAAUCUCGUUUUAUUCAUUUAUGAUAAUUUAGGAGGAGAAGAAACAACCCAACUUAAGGAAUUGAUGUUCAUUGGAUCUCCUGUUGAAACAACUAAAAUGGAAAACUUAAAGAAAAUUGGUGAAGGUCAACAGUGA